CCCAAUGACCCCUGGAAUUGAUAACAGUAACAGCAAACAGCAUGCACGAUUCAUUCGUGACUCGACUCAACGGCCCGCGCCUCUUCGUACUUUGGCGAGAAGAAUUUUUGAUCCUUGAUGCUUCACCAUGGGAUCAACAUUCAUGAACAAUUAUCGUCGACACUUUCAAGUUGAUACCUCAUGUACAUCCGUUCAGGACUCGUAUGUACAAUCGAGAUAGUGACCCAUAUUGAAUUGCACCAUUUGGUCGUUUUUCGAUUGCUCAGUUGUACCUUUGUUUGUGGCGAUUAGCGCCGAAGCGAAAAUUGAAAAUUGGAAACUGGAAUCAAAAGUCACGAGGAUCGAAUCGCGAUAGCAGUUGUGAACUGAAGCAUGGCACGGUUUAAACAGACUGGACCCCGGCGAUCGACUGGUAGUACAUCUGCAGCAGGAGGUGGUGGCACUGAUUCAUCUGUAGUUGGGCGCCCAAGAACAUCAGGGGUCGUGCGUCGUCGACCUGGCGAAACUCCGAAAAGGAAAAAACGAAGGAUGAGGCCUGGUAAGGAUUGCAGAAAUCGUAGUCCAAUGUGGAUAAAAAUGCCUUCUUGUGAUUUAUGCUCACUCGACAUUUUUUUAUCCGAUCUUUGCUACUCUGCACAACCCAAAUUUACUGAUCUAUCGUUAUGAAUUUUGUGUUGUUCGUUUCGUCAGGGGAACGGGCACUCCGGGAGAUCCGCCAAUACCAAAAUAGUACCGAAUUGUUGAUUCGGCGACUGCCUUUUGCAAGAUUAGUGAGGGAAAUUCAACAAGGACUUUCUCGCCGAGCCUAUAGUUGGCAAGCAUCGGCUAUUCUAGCCUUACAGGAGGCAUCUGAAGCCCAUCUAAUAGGCCUAUUCGAGGAUUGUAAUUUAUGUGCCAUGCACGGGAAGCGAGUGACGAUCAUGCCGAAGGAUAUGCAAUUGGCAAGACGCAUUCGAGGACGAACUCGAGAAUAAUAGUCAUAUUAUAGAUAUACAGGGGAAGUGGCUUUGAAAUGUAGAAAUGGUUUAUUGUGAAAAGUUGGAGACUGUACGAACGACUCGUGAAGUAACACGACGAUGAACGAAGUCCGGGAGAAUCGACACUGGAGAGGUGCUUGAAGAGCUAUAGAUGCGGGACAUACUGCUGGGAUGAAAAACUGAAUAAUCUAUCGAGUUUUUUAUGAUUUGCAUUUUAACCGUGAUGUUAAUUCAAACACGGUGAACUGGUCCAGGGUUGGCAUUUUGUGGAUUUCGAAUGAUCAUUAUUGUUAAUACCAUUGAUUAAAAUUGUUGACGUUAGCAAGUUUUUUAAGUUUCGUAGCUCGAAAUCCUAGGAGGGAGGGUGGUUCUUAAAAGAAUGAAGAGGUACGAUGAGCCACAAAAAAUUCUUCGCCCAGCACAGAAAAACAACAAAAAAGAUGGUUUCCGUAGAAAUAUUGGAUUGCAGAACUCUUGAGCUACUAUAUCCUGCCUGUGGCUAUUUGUUCGUUCCUUCCAUCUGUAUUUUUGGGCAACCGUGCGUUCCAAUUGCCAGGAAGCCCCGUUCAGUAAGAGCAUCGUGCGGUAGUUCUCGGCCAAAAAGAAUAAUUGCUACUUCGUUCAUUCUAGCCGGAAAGGAUUGCGUUAUAAUUUUAGAAUGAUUAAACAUUGUUAUUUCUUCUCGUCGACACAAGAUUGCACACGUUCCACUGAUCACUUCAUUUUAACCAAGAACACAUCAUCGUUUGAUUCUAUUUGUUUGUUUGGUGGUUCCAUUGAGCACUUUUCCCUUGUUCGUUUAUUUCUUUGGCGCGGGUUUUCGGUUGUGGACCAUGUGGGCCUGGACUAACGUGUUGGCGGCCAGUGCCGCCAGCAGGCUGAGUUCUCCGGCCAUCGUGGCCGCGGCCACCACCGUGGCCAGCUUCUUGGCGUUGGCACCCGGCGUAGAACCCCCACCCUUGCAUCCGAUCGCCUCGAGACAGGCGGCUUGUGCGGGCAGCGAGGUUCCUCCCCCGACGGUUCCGACCUCGAUGCUCGGCAUCGUGCAGCACAUCCAAAGGUCACCGUUUUCGUUUUCUUCCAUCAGGGUGAUGCAGUUGGAAGACUCCACGUUCUGUGCCGGAUCCUGUCCCGUGGCCAAAAAGACGGCCGUGACAAUGUUCGAGGCAUGGGCGUUGAAUCCGCCAAUCGCCCCCGCCAUGGCUGAUCCAAUCAGGUUCUUGUUGAGGUUGGUGUGCACCAACGCCGCGACCGUCGUCUUGAGAGUAGUUCGCACGACUUCCUUGGGAAUGACGCACUCGACAAUGACGGAUUUUCCGCGUCCGUGCAACCAAUUCGUGGCGGCGGCCUUCUUGUCGGUGCACAUGUUGCCCGACAGGGCAAUCAGCUGGCACGAAGGAAAAUAGCUCUGCAGUGUUUCGAUGACGGCAAGGGAUCCCUUCGAGAUCAUGUUCAUUCCCAUGGCAUCUCCCGAAAAGCAAACCAGUCUCAGGUACACAUUCUUCCCUGCGACGGUAGGGUUGCACUCCUUGAGCUUGCCAAAGCUUGUCGUGGACUCAAAGGCCUUCUUCAAAACGGCAAAGUUCUCGGGCUGCUCGCACCAGAUUUUCAGGUCCGCGGCUUCCAUCGCCGAGCCCAUGCGGAGGCAGGGGGCACGGGUGAUCCCGUCGCGCACGAUUCGCGCCUUGGCACCGCCUCCCUGCGUAAUGGCCUUGGCCCCACGAUUGGACGAGGCCACCAGGCAUCCCUCCGUGGUGGCCAUCGGGACGUAUACCGAUUCGCCGUUGAGGGUCAGCGGGCCGACCAGGCCCACCGGGAGCGGAACGUAGCCGACGACAAUCUCGCAGUUCGCUCCGUACACGCGCGAGUAGUCCAGGGAGUGUUCCGAGGGGAGCUUCUCGAGGACGUUGCUGUUGGCCUGGUCGCGUCCGAGGACGGAAGCGAGCUUUCGGUUGCAGGCAAUUCUUCGAACGGUCACUGCACGGAAGGGAUCCAAGAGUUUUUCCAGCAUGUGGUCCUUGACCUUGUUGCUCAGCACCAGGUCGGCAAUUUCUUCGUCCGGGAGCUCCUUCAGGUUGUCCGGGGGCGAGGCCUUCGAUUUGAAGGACGAUGGGUCGCUGCAGACGGGGGCGCACGCAGCGGGGGGGUGGACGGUCUUCUGGGAGGCGCCGGACGCCGGUUGGGAUUGGGGUUUGCUGGAAACGAGACAAAAUGCGGAAUGCGGGAGACGGAACCACAAACAAAUAGUGUGAAUAAAAUAAAAAACGAGCAAGUGUUGAUGGGUUGUCUUGCAGUGGUCGUUGCAAUGAUCCUCGGUUGCCCGCACUCAUCGACAUCGGAAAACUCCCCGCUUCUCUCGCAUCGCAUUGCACUGCAUCGCACGUACCUUGGAAUGACCUCUUCCGCCUCUCUAGGAAUGUCGUCGUGGAUGAAUGACACACCAAAGAAUCCAAAGAAAUACAUCAAAAAGAUGGACCAUCCCACCAAAAACUGGACCAACACACCCUGCGACUCGUGGUGGAGGUACUGUGUCGCGUUCGAGCAAAACAAAAACACGCUGUAGAGAAAGGUGGCGACGGCCACAAAGUUGAUCCACUUGAAGAGGUGCCACUUGGGUUGCUUGCCGCGAUCGACGCCGACCGGGGCUGCCGACGCCUUGGGCUUUUUCAGGUCGUCGUUCUGCUGGAGCUGCUUCUCGAGGUUCGAGUUCCCCGUUCCGAGGAGUACGGUGCACAGCCCAACCGUCGCGGCAACGAUCAAACCGUAGAGCUGGGUGGACGGAAGCUGGUCGAUCUGGGCCACCAUGGCGUCCAGUCGCAUGCCAAUGGUGGGCACUGUUCCCAUGGUUUGCGCCAUUUUGUUCUUUGUCUGUGUCUGUGCCUCUGUCUGUCUUUGGAUCGAUCCGGAAGGAAGCUUCGUUUGGGAUUGCGACCGUUUCGGAUAAGAAAGAACAAGGACGGUUGAUUGAUAGUGAAGAACCCUGUGUGUGCCGGAAUGAAAAGGUAUGAGGAUCCGAGAGGAGAAUGCUUUCGAACCGAGCGUUUUAGGGGGUCACGCGAAUCGUGCUCGAAACAGAACCAGUCUCUUAUCGAUUCUUGUCAUUCCUUUUUGAUAGUGAUACAGCACUGGUAGAUUAAGACUAGGUAUCGUACAGUGCCUACGAGUACGGUAUGGUAGGUUCGCUCGUACUCACGGUUUCUCGUGGAACAACGGAGUGAUGUGCGUGCAGCUCCGGAAAGCCCUCCCCUACACGGAACGUGCCAGCGAAACCGAAUCUGGUUCUUUCAAAAAUUGGCUUGGCGGCGGCAUAGUCCAGGAAAAGGCAUGUAUACGCGCGCCAGCUCGAGCAAUGCUAAGAACAUCUGUAUGUACCGAAGUAGCAGGCAGGUGCCCGGUCGACAAACGGGGUUCAAAACCACUUCGCAAAGCGCGCAACAACAAAUGGGACGGCCACCGACGUGGACGCAUCCCUGUUUCUAUUGCGUGUCAUUUUCGGCGCGUACGGGUGACGAGGCGAGGGGUUCUCGGAAUUCGGGUGUUGCAGUCCCUCACUGUCACAAAAAUCAAUGGAUCAGAAGGUGGUGCGCAAUCGUACGGUACCGCACGCUAUGUACGGUAUGAAAGAGCGCAAGGUACAGUACGUACGUACGAGCAGGGGUCAUAAAUUUAGAGGGGUGCGCAUCGUUUCGAACGGAGCUCAGAUUUUGAUCGAGAGUGAAAAAAAUGAAAAAUCAUACUCCAUCCUCCGUCCCAAAAUUAAAAAAUGUUAAAGUUGUACAGUAGUACACCCAAGUACAUUGCAAGAGAUUCUUCUUCUUCUUGCGUCAAUGGACAUGGGUGACCAGCAAUUAAUGUGGAGGAAAAGAGUAUCUUUGUUCUGAGACUUGGGAACAUGGUUGAGGCCACAGUUGAAGAUCAUAUGGAUAUCGUUUUGAAUCUUUCUGAGUGUUUCUUUGGUGGUGGCUUCCAUGAGCAAUGUUGUUUAAUUUUCGAUGAGAUUGUCCAUACGGGCAACGUCAGAGGAGUUGACUGCAUUUUGUUUGAUGUUGUUGAUAAUUUGUCCUGGAUUACUGAUAKUGUUGUGUGCUGGUCAAGGAAACUGGAGCCAUCUCUGUAGAGGAGUCUGUCCAAGUCAAAAGUCAUGCUGUAAGCUUUGUUCAUUUCAUCGGUUAAGUUGGUGCUGGUGUUUGGAUGAAGUUGAUGAUCAUGGAACACGAUGUCCAUGAAGAAUACCUUGGGGUUGAAGGUAUGGGAAAUGCUGCCACCAGCAUGUGGUGUUGAAGCACUUGGAGCCAUGAUGAGAGAAAAUUGUGAAGUCUUGAAAGUCAGGAUGAAGGACACUACUAUUGGGAACAAAAGAUGUUUUGAUUUAAAUCAAAGGAUGUUUUCUUAUGAAGUGAUGUUGAGUGACAGUUGCAAAGGUAAUUUUCUGGUGUUUCCAGAAAAGAGUAGGUUUUCAUGAGAAGCUUCAAGAAUUAUUGAUGUACAAGUUUCACAGUGACUUGUAUUGGUCUUCCUAAGCAAGAAGGUCACAGUUUUGAUUGUAGGAAUUAAAAGAAAUGCACAUUUGAUUGAAUGUGGGAUUUAUUUUUAAUGCUUGCAUGGGAUUUAAAAAUUGCUGUGAUGGAAAUGUUAGCACCAAAUAUGUUUCAAAAAGAAAACAAGAAUUUGUCUUGUAUCAAGAUUUUAGAUUUCAAAAGGGUGGCGGGGUUAUGGAAAGUCAACAAUUGUGAGUAUGGUGAAACGAUGAAAUUUAGUUUCAUUGUUAGUCAAUGAACAAUGAAUUCAAUUUCAUUGUAAGUCAGUGAGUGUUGAAGUGUUAAACAUAAUCAUUCUCGCAUGUGCAAUGACAUUUUGCUGUGAAAGGCUUGUGGACAACUGCAUGUGGUAGAGAUGUUUGAGGAGAGAGCACACCUAAAAAAUCACCAUGGUGAUGGUUAUCUUUAUUGGAAGGGUGUCAUAACCUGUGGGGGUGACUAUCUAAUAGUAGUGAUGUAAAUCAAGUGUUACAAGAAAAGUGAGUCAAUGUUCUUAUCAAGGAUUGACAAACUAUGAAAUCUAAGAUUGAUCAGAAUGAAAAUCGAGUGAUGUUUGUGAAUCGAAUGAGUCAAGUCAAUUGAGUGGAUCCACAGGAUUUAAUGAGUCAUGAAUGUAGAGUGUGCAUGAAUCAUAGAUAUGUGUCAUAUAUAUGCAUCAUAGAUAUGGAUCAUACCCACAAUAUGAUAUCCUACAGACAGCAAUUUCAUUGAUCUUCAACAUUGUGCAUGUACUCAUCAUUUUGAAAGCACGCAGGGGAAUGGAUUGUCAUUUUCAGGCAUUGUUGUUUGACUCUUUUGAAAAAUUGUAUCGUAUAGAGUUGGCUAGCAAAUCUAUGAUCCGGUUGUAGAUUUUGGGCCCUUAUUUUUGUGUGUGAUGAGUACUUUGACUAAAAAAACUAUGCUCUUGCGUUGUGUUGAAUUUUUAAUCUUUGAAUCCCGUGACCAAAUAGUUUUGCUUGCACUUGCCCCCCUGUACUGGUAGUACAACUCAAUUUUUAAUCCAAUGAGUCAUUACAUGGUAAAAAGAUAGCCCAAAAUCAACACAUAGUAUAAUUUAACCAUAUAAAACUGUUUAAGUCAU